AUGAGUUCGUCAAACACAGUAAACAAGACAAUCCUAGCGGCCGAUAUUGCUGAUGCCAAGAUUGCCGGUGUUGAAACUCCAGCGGGCGAUCCGCGCAAGAAAGCAGAUGCGGAGAAUCAAGGCUGGUUAUCAGGAGAUCAAUUCACAAUUAAAGAAACUCCGGUUGCUCCUCCUAAUGCCACAAUUGGUACCAAGGAAUGA